AUGCCUCAUAAUUGUUGCGUUCCUCAAUGCUUUUCUAACUCUAAAAAGAACACGGAUUUGAUGUUUCACAGAUUUCCUAAGAAAAAGCAACUGAAAAAGCAAUGGAUAAGCAAAAUUGGCCGCGAUGAAGGCCCUUCGUUCGUCGUAAAUGACAACACACGUGCUUGUUCAAAACAUUUCACCAAAGAUGAUUACACUCCAAGGAGCUGCCGUAAAACUAAAUCGAGUACUGAAGGCCGAAGCAGUGAAGUACCCUCGAAGAAACGGCGAAAGUGUUGUUCAAAGUGUGAAGAAAAACAAAACACAAUUCAUUCUCUUCAAAGCUAUGUCGAUAACAAAAACACUGUAAUAAACGAUCUAAGAGAAACGAUAGCCGACUUAAUGGAUAAAUUGGAAUCGGAGAAAAGCGAUUUACAGUCGCAGUUGUCUCAGAAAAGUCACCAUACUUGUUUUUCUGCUGAAUGUUUUGAAAGUGACGACAAAGCAAUCCGACAUCAUACAGGUGUAUACAACUGGCAAGUCUUCAGGCAUCUUUUUGAGUUUUUGAAGGAAAGAACAACUCAUUUGAAUUACUGGAGAUCUGCAAGAGAUGCCGAGAAACAUUUUGCUUAUGAUGUUAAACACAAGAAGCGUCAAGGAAGACCAAGGUAUUUGAAAGUGAUUGAUGAAUUAUUCUUGACACUUGUACAUUCACGUCAUGAUUUCACUUUGAGGCACCUUUCAUUUCUUUUUAAAAUUUCUACAGCGACCGCAUCGAGGGUUUUUCUUACUUGGAUUAAUUUUCUGUAUCUGGAAUUUGGAGCGAUUCCAAUUUGGCAAAGCAGAAUUUUAAACGACGAAGCAAUGCCAGUAGCGUUCAAGGAGAAAUACUUUAAUACGAGAUGUAUCUUAGACUGCACUGAAAUCAAAAUUAACAAGCCAUCCUCUCUAAGGGCCCAAAGUCAGUGCUUCUCAUCCUACAAGAAAACCAAUGCUGCCAAGGGACUGCUAGGAAUUGCACCUUCAGGAGCUCCUGUUUUUAUCUCAAAACUUUACGAUGGAAGUAUUUCUGAUAGAGAUAACAAAAAACAAAACAAAAAAGUGGAGUUUUAG